GCUGCCCCGCCCUCCACGGCGCCUGCUCGGUGGAGCGAGCAGAGCCGGGCGGCUUCUCAGGGAAAGAGGACCUGCGGUACGUCUCAGAACCGGACCGCUGAGCCUGUGGCUGCCGCCGCGCGCUGUAACUUGACACCUCAGACUCCGACUCCCCUUGGCUCGGCCCGCGCGCCCCAGGCCCGGCCCGGGCGGCGCGACGGGAGGAUGAGCGGCGGGCGGCGGAAGGAGGAGCCUCCUCAGCCGCAGCUGGCUAACGGGGCCCUCAAAGUCUCUGUCUGGAGCAAGGUGCUGCGGAGCGACGCGGCCUGGGAGGACAAGGAUGAAUUUUUAGAUGUGAUCUACUGGUUCCGACAGAUCAUUGCUGUGGUCCUGGGUGUCAUUUGGGGAGUUUUGCCAUUGAGAGGUUUCUUGGGAAUAGCAGGAUUCUGCCUGAUCAAUGCAGGAGUCCUGUACCUCUACUUCAGCAACUACCUACAGAUCGAUGAGGAGGAAUAUGGCGGCACAUGGGAGCUCACCAAAGAAGGGUUUAUGACAUCUUUUGCCUUGUUCAUGGUCAUUUGGAUCAUCUUCUACACUGCCAUCCACUAUGACUAAUGGUGUACGGCUCCCACCUGCUUCCUGUCCAGUCUAAAGGACCUUCUUAGAGCACAGAAACAUGAUUGUUGAGGCAUCCCUGCCACAUGGAACCUGGAAGACCUGUGUUUCUUGGACCAAGAAUCAAUGUGUUGGGCGUCAGUGUUUUCUGCAAGGGUUGUGACCCGAAACUUUUUAAAGAACCAUCUGCCUUUGGGGGAAGCAUUUCUGGAUUUGUCCAUCACCAACCAUUUCUUCACGAGACCAUCAUGUAACAGCCGUUUGCUGAGUGGCACUCUAAUUAAUUUGAUGCACCUCUGGAUCCGGAUGAAACAAAUUUUCUUCCUCAGUUCUCCAUCAGGUGUACAGCUUUUAAACUAUUGGUGGUAUUUCAAGUUUUCUGAAAGCAGUAUGGCAGUGUGUGCGUGGUCCAUAGCACAGUACAAGCAGCAUCUAAUAACAGUUUUCAUUGUAGAAUGUUUUCAGAUACUUGAAUAAACAAGUCUUUAACUGAGAA